AUGUGCAAUGAUAUGGUUAAGGCAUGGAUCACUAACUCUGUGUCUAGGGAGAUUGCAACCAGUGUCAUGUGUCUCAAGACUGCAAGGGAAGUCUGGAAAGACAUAAAUGAUAGAUUUGGUCAAGCAAAUGGUUCCAAAUAUCUUCAAAUCCAAAGAGAAAUCAGCACAACCACACAAGGCUCUUCUGAUAUUGCCACAUAUUUCACAAAAUUUAGGAGUCUAUGGGAUGAAUUAAACUCUUCCUAUGUGGGUCCUGUCUGCUCCUCUGGAGCCCUUCCAAAGUUCAUAGAGGAUCAACAGUUAUUUCAGUUCCUCAAUGGUUUGAAUGAGUCAUACUCUACUGUGAAGAGUGCCAUUAUGAUGAUGAAUCCCCUUCCUCCAAUAAGCAAAGCUUAUUCCCUGUUGCAACAAGAUGAGAGUCAAAAGGUAUCUCUCUCAAAUGUCUCUAACUUCUCUGGUGACUCUGCAUCCUUUUCUGUGUCAACUGGUCAUCAGCAAAUAGUAAGAGUUUCACCCAAAGGGUAA